GCGAAUGUAGAGACAGUCACAAAUUGGCGUUCGACAUGAAAAUAAGUCUCGGAUACUUGUACCUGCUGUUAUUGUGGGCUUUCGGCAGCGCAGCUACGCCCAUUGGCACAGGUAGCCAGGCAGCAGUGCUCGAGAAUCGCACUUCGGCGAACUUCACUGCAAUCGGCGACAAGUUGUACUACAUUGAGGAAACGUUACGGGUCAAUUGGUUCCGGGCGAGCAACAUUUGCCGCCAGCUUGGCGGUUUUCUGGUGAACCUGGCGAGCAAGGAGGAGCUGCAGGCGCUUAGCCGACAACUGCAUCCGGCGCGGAGCUACUGGCUGUCGCUUUAUGACCUGGCCGAACCGGGCGUAUACGCAUCACAGGCCAACGGCAGGGAUGCCCAGUUCUUGAGCUGGUCCGCCGGCCAGCCGGACAACAUCGGAGGCGUGGAGCACUGCAUCGAGCUCUGGCUGUCGGGCAGCACAUUUCAAAUGAACGAUGCCCAAUGCGAGAUGCCCUUUCAUUUUGUAUGUGAGUCGGAUUAGUUUGGCCUGCUGGGAAUACUUACA